UAUAGAGCCCCACAGCUCCUAUCCGCCCCAUCAUGCCCCGCGCUCUUCCUCCUCUCUUUCCCGCGCCCCAUGCAAACGAAGGGGGCGUGGCCUAUGUCACUAUUUGCCCCGCCGGGGAUGGAAGGGGUGUGGCUGCUCACCUGGCUGCGCACCUGCGUGAGGUCAUCGGGCGGCGCCUCGUCGCGCAGCAGUGACGUCAUCUGGGCCAUGGCGGCGGGGCCGGUGCUGGCGCUGCUGCUUCUGCUGCCCGCGGGCGGCGGGGGGGUGCCGGGCGGGCCCGGGAGUGACGCCCCCAGCAAAGCACCACCGCCGGACGUCACCGCGCCGUGGGACUCUGCCUACCAAGAUCACUGCGUUGCCCCCCCCCUGACCGGGCCGUGCCGCGCCGCCUUCCAGCGCUGGUUCCACAGCCCCGAACAUCGCGACUGCCGGCCCUUCAUCUACGGCGGCUGCCGGGGGAACCGCAACAACUACCGGAACAGGGAGGAGUGUCUGCAGCGCUGCCGGAGCGGUGACAGCAGCAGCUGGCACCCCACAGCCCUGCUGCUGGCGCUGCUGCUGGUGGUGACGCUGGCGCUGGCUGUCCUGGUUGUCACCCGCUGUGGCAUCACCCAAUUCUGGGGCCGCCGGAGCCACAGCAUCGACAAAGAGACGCUGAUGGGCAGCACUGACGCCUGAACCCCAAAACGCCGUUUCUUACCCCAAAAAAAUGGGCUCUGCUGCCCCAAAUGGGGCUUUGCUAUCCCCCAAAAAUGACUCCCCACUUCUUCCUGCCCCAAAAAUGCUGCUUUUGUCCCCAAAUCAUGACAUUUUCUCCCCCAAAAUGCCACUUUUCUCCCCCAAAUGCGACUCCUCUCCCCUGAAAUGCCACUUUUCUCCCCCAAAUCAUGACAUUUUCUCCCCUAAAAUCCCACUUUCCUCCCCAAAAUAUACUUUUCUCCCCACAAAAUAGGCUUUUCUAUUCCCCAAAAAGGACUCUUUUACCCCAAAACUCAGCUUCUCCGCUCCAAACGGCCCAAAAGUGGCCAUUUUGACCCCAAAAUUGUGCAUUUCUAUCUCAUUUUUCCCCCCAUGAACCAUUUUUUCCCUCAAAAUCUGAAUUUUCUUCCCGCAAACUGAGCUCCUUUAUCCCAAAUUGGGUAUUUCAAUACCAAAACAGCUCUUUUUUCCCCUAAAAAUAGAGCUUUUCUCCCCAAAAAUGGAUAUUUUCCCCACCCAACAGAGCUUUUCUAACCCAAAAUGAGUCAUUUUCCCCCCAAAAUGGGACGUUUCCCCCCCAAAAUUCAGCCUUUCUGUCCUAAAAUUGACCACUUCUAUCCCAAAAUGAGGCAUUUUAACCCAAAAUACAACUUUUCUCCCCCAAAAUUGAACGUUUUUUCCCCCAAAAGAGUUCUUUUUCCCCCCCAAAAAGGGGCUUUUUUCCCUCAAAAUGGGGCUCUCCCCCAAAAUCGAGCUUUUCUACCCCCAAACUGACCGUUUCUACCCCACAAUUGAGCUUUUCUCCCCCCCCCCCCCCCCCCCCCCCCGGGCUCUUUUCUGAUUGCCCCCCCGGGGGGGGGCAGCUGAUGCCAUUCGCGAUGUUUUUUGCACCCGUUGGGGCUUUUUAAUGAGAUGUAAUUAAUUAAUGGGUUUGUAGGGGGCUUUUUUUUGUACACUUGAAAGGGAUUUUUGGAAUAAAGGGAAAUGUGAACCCA